AUGGUUCGAGGAUGGUAUGCCUUUCGUUUCAUUAAUCCGAGAAAAAGCGCGAUAUCCUCAUCUGUCACUCGUUGGAGACUAGGAAACAUCGUCCUCAUUGCAGCCUCGCCGAACGCGGAGGAUACGACGAAACAACCCGUGGCAUUCAGAGUCCAUCGCGGCGUCCUCUCUAGACACUCGGAAAUAUUUCGCACCAUGUUCCAGAUGCCUCAGAAUCCGACCGAUGCGGAAAUGCUUGACGGUUGUUUUGUCGUGCGAAUGUACGAUCUUCCCAACGAGCUAUCCAGUCUCAUCAAAGCUCUAUACGACGGGGUUGCAUUUUCCCAACGUAGUGCCGAGGAUUUCUUCCUCCUGGCUGGAAUCCUCCGGCUCGCAUCCAAAUACUUCAUCCCUUCUCUCCGUCUUCAAGCCAUCCGUUACCUGACCCAAACAUGGGCCCAUACCCUCCGUGGCCACGACACAAUGGUCUCCACUGCACUCUCCUCUCCAGAAAUUGACGGCAUGACCUACCCCUACGUCCACCCCUUACACGUCCUCAACCUUGCCCGCGAAGUCAACGUGCAGAUCGUCGUCCCCUCAGCACUAUACUUCCUCUCCAUCUACCCCCUCACCGAUCUCAUACGAGCAGACCAUCCGAAACUACGCGUCGAACAUCCUUCACGACCGUCAUCGCAACUAUCAGCGCAGGACAUCCGCGACUACACGCUGAUGUAUCAGCACCGGAUCAACCUCCUUCUCGACUUCAUCCGCGAGACUUGCGCGAACCGACCUGCCAGCUCCGACUGCGAAAGAGCGCAGGAUCACUCCCCGGAUUCUUCGCAACAGUGCAGGAAGAAUUUUUCUCGAUUGGCCCAUUACAGCUAUCAGGCCUUCUCGCCCCGUGCAGGACCGUUCCAUAAUAUGGAUCAGGCGGUGAAGUGGGCGGAGACGGACUCGACGCUUUGUUCGCGGUGUCAGCGUGCGUUUCGGACGGACGUCACGGCUUUGAGGGAAAGGUUGUGGACUGAGCUGCCUAGGAUCGUUGGAUUGCCUGGAUGGGAGCAACUGGAGGAGAUUGAUUUGGCGCCACAGGCAUCGUUUUGA